GCUAUCUCUCCUUUCACUCCCAGAGGAGGGCAUCCUGGGAGGCAUCAUGGCUGCUGUGAAAGUUUUGAUUUUCCUCCUUAUUGUCUUAUAUCACCUGUGUGAUGCGAAAAGGACAAGGGGAGUACAAAAUGAGUUCUUCAGGACCCACAGACCCGCCAAACCGCAAAUCCCCUAUGAGCCCGUGUCCAGGUUCUGGAUGUUCAACGUAGGGGCCUCACUGGAAGACUUGUGCCCCAUCCGGGCCCUCCAGCCUCAAACUCUCGACUCCUGUGGUUUCAACUCCAGUCACCCACUGGUCAUCAUCAUCCACGGGUGGUCGCUGGAUGGGAAGUUAGAGAAAUGGAUGGCAAACCUGGCGACGGCUCUGAAGACCACACUGAGGGACGUGAACGUGAUGAUCGGGGACUGGCUUCCUCUUGCCCAGCAGCACUACCCGAUCGCCGCGAUGAACACCCGGCACGUGGGACAGGAGAUGGCAUACCUGCUGGAAUGGCUGGAGGAAAGUUCCAACUUCACCACGGAUAAGGUGCACAUGAUCGGGUACAGCCUGGGGGCUCACGUUGCCGGAUUCACAGGGAAUUACUUAACGGGAUUGAGAAAAAUCGGGCGGAUUACAGGCCUGGACCCCGCUGGUCCGCUCUUCGAGGGCAUGUCCUACACAGACAGGCUGUCACCGGAUGAUGCCAGCUUUGUGGACGCCAUCCACACCUUCACCCAGGAGCACAUGGGGCUCAGUGUGGGCAUCAAGCAGCCUGUGGCUCACUUUGAUUUCUACCCCAACGGUGGCACCUUCCAACCAGGCUGCCACAUCCAGAACCUGUACGAGCACCUGACCCAGUACGGACUGCUGGGUUUUCAGCAGACCAUGAAGUGCGCCCACGAGCGCGCCGUCCACCUCUUCAUCGACUCCCUGCUGAACGAGGACAUGCAGAGCACCGCCUACCGCUGCCUUGAUGACAGCUCCUUCAACAAGGGCAUGUGCCUGGACUGCCGCAAGAACCGCUGCAACACGCUGGGCUACAACAUCCGGAAGGUGCGCACGGGCCGCAGCAGCCGGCGCCUCUAUUUGAAGACGCGCUCGCGCAUGCCCUACAAAGUUUAUCACUAUCAAUUCAAGAUCCAAUUCAUCAACCAGAUCGAGCGCAUCGAGCCAUCCCUCACCAUCUCCCUCACUGGGACCAAGGAAGAGAGCGAAAAUCUGCCCAUUACCUUUAUCGAGGAGAUCUCAGGGAACAAGACGUACACCUUCCUGAUCACGCUGGACAAGGACAUCGGCGAGUUGAUGACGCUUCGGUUCCGCUGGGAGGGCAGCGCCGUGUGGGCGAACAUGUGGAGCAAAAUGCAGACCAUCAUCCCCUGGCACCUGCGCCGCAAGGGGCCCGAGCUCACCGUGGGCAAGAUCCGCGUUAAGGCGGGGGAGACGCAGAUGAAGACGUCGUUCUGCGCUGAGACGAACGAUGUAAUUCACAUCCCUCCGUCCCAGGAGAAGGUGUUUGUGCGCUGCGAGCAAAGCGGCCAGAAGGGGCGGGGGCCCAGCUGACAGCAGCGAGCGGGGGCCCAGCUGCUCCGCACUCUGACUCACGUAGCAAUGCAAGAAUGCGGAUGCAGAACUUGCACAAAACACCGGUAACAACAAGACGAGCCCUUGGGUGCCAUAUCCUCGCGGAAUCUGAGAGAUCCUGUGCCUUUAAGCCUUCUGGCG